AUGAAGUUUCUCCUGAUUCUUGCCUGCUUAGGAGCAGGAAUUUUCCAAAGCAUUGCUGUCCCUGUUGAUGAUGAUGACAAAAUUGUGGGGGGCUACACCUGCUCUGUCCUCUACCAGGUGUCCCUGAACUCUGGGUACCACUUCUGCGGGGGCUCUCUCCUCAACAACCAGUGGGUCGUGUCAGCUGCUCACUGCUACAAAUCCCGCAUCCAGGUGAGGCUUGGUGAAUACAACAUCGAUGUGUUGGAAGGGGACGAGCAGUUCAUCAACUCCGUUAAAGUAAUUCGCCACCCCAAAUACAACUCGCGGGUCCUGGAUAAUGACAUAAUGCUGAUCAAGCUGGCAACCUCAGCUGCCUUGAACUCCCGUGUUGCAACCAUCUCUCUUCCUUCUGCCUGUGUGGCUGCUGGGACUCAGUGCCUGAUUUCUGGGUGGGGAAACACCCUCAGCAGUGGCUCUAACUACCCUGAGCUUCUUCAGUGUGUGGAUGCUCCAGUCCUGACUGAGGCUGAAUGCAGUGAUGCUUACCCAGGACAAAUCACUACAAACAUGAUCUGCGUGGGAUUCCUGGAAGGUGGCAAAGACUCCUGCCAGGGCGAUUCUGGUGGCCCAGUCGUGUGCAACGGUGAGCUCCAAGGAAUUGUGUCCUGGGGGAUCGGAUGUGCUCUGGAGGGUUACCCUGGAGUCUACACCAAGGUCUGCAACUAUGUUGACUGGAUCGAGGAGACCAUUGCCGCCAACUAAGACAUGCAUCUCCUGCUAGUCUCCUGAUGACAUUUCCUUUCCUCCCCCUUUAAU